AUGACGACGCCUCGUCAGCUCAGCAGCGAUAGGGAAGCAGUGCAGCCGAUGGUCAGUGAAGUGAGAGACGACUUAGAAAUAAUUAGUAAAUGUAGGGAUACUACGAGCAGGAUGUUUACAACACCACCGCCAAUGACCGACGACGGUCUGCUCCAUAUUGGGCAACAUAUUCUCACGCCGCCCGUUCAGCGACUUCUUAUAAGGCACAGCGUUACUAAAUUAGGAAGAGUAUGUCCGUGUGUCCGUGUGACCGACAGCCCGCGGCACCUCCCUGAGCCGCGGUCAGGGUCGGGGCCGGACUCACGACCGGCCGAGUCGCCGCAGGGAAACAGUUUUAUUGGUAUAACAUCAUCAUUUAAUGAGGAAGUAUCAGACGACCUGGUCCCCCCUCCCCCCACCCCGCCCACCCCUGCUGACCCCUAUCCUCCUCAACCUUACGUAUUGAUUAACGAACUCCAAAUGAAAAAAAACUGGUUAGAAAAAACAAGAGUGGCCAGGUGUGCUGAGCGCAAACACACGGCGCCGGAGUUUGUCGAGCACUUGGCGAACCCUUCCCCCGGACCUCCCGGGGCCCGCGGGCCCGGCUCACAGGCCCGGCCCAGUGUAGCCUCUCCCGUUUAA